CGGCGCGCGCGCGCGCUCCCUGCGCCCUCCCGGGUGACGUGCCGGGCCGAGGCCGCGCUAGGGCGCUGUAGCUGCCAGGGCGGCUGUCAUGGCGUCGGAGGCGCUGGCUGAGGAGAACCGGCCGCGGUCUCUAUAGAGCGAGGGGCGGGUGGCCGGGGAUGGAGAGCGGCUCUGAGAGCCUGCAGCCGCCAGAGCACGGGGUGGCGGCUGGGCCCGCGCCAGCGACGGGUUCCCCGCCGGGAGGACGACAGGAGACCGGGCUCGCCGCUGGGGAUGGUCCUGGAGUAUGCUCGGCGGAGAGCGGCGGUGGGAAUGGGCAGGGGGCGGCGGCCGCCGGGAGGAGCCUCCCGAACCCGGCUCCCUCGGGCUCGCCUCAAGUUUCCGAACCUUGCAGCUUCGUCCCGGGCUUGGACUUGAAGGAGAGCGUUUUGGAGAGCCCUGCUGCCGCCAAGGCUCCUUCGGGAGGGCAGCACAAGGUGACCGCCUCCCCGGAGCCAGCAGAGGCCGGAGCGGGCCGUGGGUUGGGUCCGGCCGGAGACAGUGGAGCCCGCACGGAUCCCGCCGGCACCUGUGAGACGCUGGCGACCUGCUCCGAGGAGCCCGGCAGCGCCGGCGGUCUCCACAGCAGUUGCAGCGACCCGAGCCCUCCUGGGGACUCGCCUAGCCUGGACUCCCUGGAGUCGUUCUCCAACCUGCAUUCUUUCCCCAGUAGCUCCGAGUUCAACAGUGAGGAGGGAGCGGAGAGCAGGGUCCCCGAGGAGACGGAGGGCGCGGCCGCCUUGCCAGGAGCUGCCCCUCUGUGCAGAGAGGAGGGGGAGGAGGAGGAGAGCGCUCAGGUGUUGGCGGCCUCCAAGGAGCGCUUCCCGGGACAAUCUGUGUAUCACAUCAAGUGGAUCCAGUGGAAGGAAGAGAACACACCCAUCAUCACGCAGAAUGAGAACGGACCCUGCCCUUUGCUGGCCAUCCUCAAUGUUUUGCUUCUGGCUUGGAAGGUGAAACUUCCACCGAUGAUGGAAAUCAUAACUGCUGAGCAGCUGAUGGAAUAUUUAGGAGAUUACAUGCUUGACGCAAAGCCAAAAGAAAUUUCAGAAAUUCAACGUUUAAAUUAUGAACAGAAUAUGAGUGAUGCUAUGGCAGUUUUGCACAAACUACAGACAGGCCUAGAUGUAAAUGUACGAUUUACUGGUGUUCGAGUAUUUGAAUAUACACCGGAAUGCAUAGUAUUUGAUCUUCUUGAUAUUCCUUUGUACCAUGGGUGGUUAGUAGAUCCUCAGAUUGAUGACAUUGUAAAAGCUGUUGGUAACUGCAGCUACAACCAACUAGUGGAGAAGAUCAUCUCCUGUAAGCAGUCAGACAAUAGUGAGCUGGUUAGUGAAGGCUUUGUAGCUGAGCAGUUUCUGAACAAUACAGCCACUCAGCUGACAUACCAUGGAUUGUGUGAACUAACUUCAACGGUUCAGGAAGGAGAACUUUGUGUGUUCUUUCGGAAUAAUCAUUUUAGUACCAUGACCAAGUAUAAGGGUCAGCUGUAUUUGUUGGUAACUGAUCAGGGGUUUCUUACUGAAGAAAAAAUCGUUUGGGAAAGUCUACACAAUGUAGAUGGUGAUGGAAAUUUCUGUGACUCAGAAUUUCGUCUGCGGCCUCCUUCAGAUCCUGAAACUGUAUACAAAGGACAACAAGACCAGAUAGACCAGGACUAUCUUAUGGCACUGUCUCUACAACAAGAACAGCAGAGCCAAGAGAUCAAUUGGGAACAAAUCCCAGAAGGAAUCAGUGACUUGGAACUAGCAAAGAAACUCCAAGAGGAAGAGGACAGACGGGCUUCUCAGUACUAUCAAGAACAAGAGCAAGCAGCGGCCGCCGCUGCUUCCUCCACACAGGCACAGAAGCAUUGAUUUUUUGGAUAAGACCCCAAGAGCACAGGCAAUAAAAGCAAAAAUAGACAAAUGGGAAUAUAGUACACUAAGAAGCUCCUGCACAGCAAAAGAAACAACUGAGUGAAGAAACAACCAACAGAACAUGAGAAAAUAUUUGAAAACUGUGCAUCUGAUAAAGGAUUAAAAUCCAUAAUUAAUGUUGAGAAUAUAAGGAGUUCAAGAAAUUUAACAACAUAGCAGUCGGUUGAGUUAAGAAUCAAAGAAUGUGAAUAGACAAUUUUCAAAAGAAGAAAUACAGAUGACUAACAUACAUAUGAAAAAAUGUUCCGUGGCACCAGCCAUCAGGGGAAUACAAGAAGAACCACCAGGAGGUAUCAUCUCGCGCCAUUAGAAUGGCUAUUAUCACAAAAAGUCCACAGAUAAUAAAUGCUAGUGACAAUGUGGAGGAGAGGGAAUCUUCAUUCAUUGUUGGUGGGAAUGCACAUUAAUACAACAGUUAUGGAAGAUGUAAUGGAAAUUCCUCACAAAACUAAAAACAGAUCUACCACAGGACUUGCCUAUCCCACUUCUGGAAAUACAUGCAAAGGAAAUUUAGUCAACAUAUGAAAAAGAUGCCUGUAUUAUCAUGUUUGUUGCAGCCCUAUUCACAAUGGCAAAAAAUGUGGCAUCAAGCACAUACGGUUGGCUGGAAAAAGAAAAAGCAGUAUAUAUAUACAAUGUAGUAUUACUCAGCCACAAAAAAGAAUGAAAGUUUGACCCUGCAAGAUUUGUAUGAAAUUAGGGAUCAUUUUGUGACCUGAAAUAACCCAGAUAGACAAAUGCAACAUGUUUUCUCUUAUAUGUGAAAGUUUAUAUAUGUGUGCCGGUACCUUAUUCUUUGAUACACAGAUAUUUACAAAUGUUGUGUUCACUGAGUUAUAUACUUCAUGUAAUAUCACUUUGUCCUCAUUUUACAAUCUGUCAUGAAUCCUAUGUUAUGUAAUGUUAAUAUAUACACCCUGCUCUCAAAACAAUGUAUGUGCAUAUAGAUAUGUAGCAUAUAUAUGAAGCAAAUAUGACAGAAUGUCAAAAAUUAUUACAUAUGUGUAGUCACUGAACUUUUCUCUAUAAUUUUCUGUAUUAUUUAAAAUAUUUUUAAAAGCAAAAAUAAAUAAAAUACUAUGGUAUUUAAUGAGCUUUUGAAGAAUUAUUAUGUAUUACAAAAAGUGUCACUUCUAAAAUUUUCUAGACUUUACCAAAUAUUUCUUCAGUUUGAGGCUUCAGGUAUUAUAAUCGUAUGUGUUAUUGAUUGAAAUUCCAUGUAUUAGAAUACUUGCUUUAUUAAUGGAAUCUCUCCAUAAUGGCAGUGGCAAUUACACAGAGACUAUGUAGUAUAACAUAUUUUUUGAUACACUAAUAGCUUCUUUGUCCAUUAAUGCUAUCUUUCACUCCGUGGGUUUUCUUGCUAGAUAACUAUGAUUAAGCACCUUGGAAUAUUUAGGGGUA